AUGGAUUGGAGGGAGAAGGCUUUGACGGGGUUAAUUGUGGCUGUUGUGAUUCUGUCUCUCACGAUGGCUCCCACUUGGUUCAUGGCGUUUCUAAUUCUAUUUGGAGUGAUUGCUCCCGCAGCUGUUGCUGCUGUAGAAAAGAUGGGGACAAACCAGGCCUCCGCAGCUGAUGAUGCUCCGGCUCUUGCACUUGAUGCUGUGGCUCUUGAUGUUGAUGCUCUGGCUCUUGCAGAUGCUGCUGCUGGAAACCCGGAAUCAUCUUCAGCCUCAUCUUCAUCAUCUAAAUUCAAGUAUGAUAUAUACUUGAAUUUCAGAGGUCCAGAUACUCGCUAUGGAUUUGCAGAUCUCCUUUACAGACAAUUGGAUGAUGCAAGGAUAAGGGUCUUCAAUGAUGGAUAUGACCUCACACCUGGAAAAGAGAUCUGGCCGCAGAUAAACGGGGCGAUCGAGCGGUCAAGGAUCUCAAUAGCCAUCUUCUCCAGAAAUUUUGCUUCCAGUACAUUUUGCCUCAAGGAGCUGGUACAAAUGUGGGAGUGCAAAAAGAUAAAUAGACAGACUAUCAUCCCGAUUUUCUAUGAUGUUUAUCCCGAUGAUGUUGCACUCCGGACUGGGCUUUUUCGAGAUGACUUAAGCCAACUUGAGCAACGCGGAAUCGACCCAAAUACCAUGGAAACAUGGAAGGAGGUUCUUCGACGGCCCGAAGGCCAGUUCCGACAAGAAGUUGUUGCACGUGUGAGGCAAUUGUUGAAGGAGGAUUACCAAUUUGUAGACGACGAACUAGUUGGAAUUGAACAUCAUGUUCAAGAGAUGAUGAAAAAGCUUGGUGUUGCCUACUGCGAGAGGCAAGCGAUCGAAGUAAGAGGGCAAGAGGUACGUGUCGUUGCAAUAUGUGGGGUGCCAGGUGUUGGAAAGACCACUCUUGCAAAAGCUGUUUUUUACAAGAUGCGUGAGUUGUUUGAUGCACAUAGUUUCCUUGAAGAUAUUAGGUCUGAAGGAGUUCAGUUGUCACGACAAAUGUUGAUUGUUGACCUUCAAAAACAUAUACCUGCACCACAUGAAUCUUCCGGUGAAGAGACCAAAAAAAUAGCAAGUUUAUGUCGUGAUGCGAAGGUUCUCAUUGUGCUUGACAGUGUGGACAAAGAUGAGCAAAUUAAAGAAUUGGCCGGGAAGCUUACUUGGUUUGGUCCGGGGAGUAGAAUCAUUGUGACAACAAACAAAAAAAAUGUUUUAAAAGCCUUCGAAGUUGGAGCAGUUGAAGAACACACGGUUAAACCAAUGGAUCAACGCCAUGCUCAUAAACUCUUUUGUAAGCAUGCUUUCCAAGGGGAUACAGCCCAAGAUGUCUCCGAAUAUUUUGGCUUGUCCUUGGACAUGGCCAAAGCUAUUGGAGGGCUUCCUUCCGAUAUUGUGCGUCAGGCUUCAUCUUUACGCGAGGAAAUUUACCACAUUACAUAUGUGGCACAUUCUCCAUUGGAAGAAUUGAGAUUUAAGUUUGAUCACAUACCUUUAAUUGCAGCUCUUUAUCCAAUUCUUUAA